AUCCAAUUCAAGUUAUACGCAAUAUGUUAAAAAUCAAUAUUAAGACGCUGAAAUCACGUGCUCAGUUCCCGGUCUGUGUUUAGUUUCGCCAUUUUGUCCGCUUAUUUAUAUUGAGUCAGUGGUCCGGUGAAGUUAUUGAUGUUUAGUACUCGCAUAUGUUGUUCUAGAAGAAUAUUUUAAAUUAUAUUUUAGAGUUUGAUAAACGGAGAGUUUAUCCCUCUGUAGUUUAUUUUAUGUUAAGAACAUUAUCCUUAAUGUCUCGUGAUCUUUAUUUCUGAAGUUGUUGGGUUCAUACAAAAAAUGAUGUAUACCGGAACUACAGCCGAGCAGGAUAACCGAUUCAGUGACAAGGAGAAGAAGCUGAUGAAAGUCAUGAAAUUUGGGGACUGCCUUACUAAAAGGGUUGAUAUGUCUAAAGUCAAGUUGGACACAGUCAAACCCUGGAUUGCGAAAAAAAUAACUGAAGUGCUUGGUAUGGAAGAUGAUGUUGUAGUUGAAUUUGUUUUUAAUCAACUAGAAGAUGAAAAGUUUCCUGAUCCAAAGAAAAUGCAGAUUAACUUGACUGGGUUUUUAAAUGGUAAAAACGCUCGUGUUUUUAUGACUGAUUUAUGGGAUCUUCUUUUGUCUGCUCAAGAAUCGCCUACUGGAAUCCCAGAAAUUUUAAUGGAGAUGAAAAAGGAAGAAAUAAAAAAAAGAAUGGAGGAGCAAGAAAGAAUGCAUGAGAUCUCCAAAAAAUUAGAGAAGAAAGACCGAGAUGAUAAAGAUCGACGAAGAGACAGAAGUCGUGAUAGAAAAAGAAGCCGUUCUCGUGACAGACGUGAUAAAGAUAGAGAUAGGGACAGAAGAGACAGAGACAAAGAAAGGUCUUCCAAGAGUAAAAAAUCCUCCUCUAGAUCACCUUCGAGGUCUGAAAAAAAGGAACAUGGAUCAAAAAAGGAUGUGGAUAACAAUGCAGAUAAUGGAUUAGAAAAAAAUGAAUCGCCAGAAAACAGUGGGAAAGCAUUAUCCUCUGUGCAAGCUAAACUGAUGAGUAUGGCUGGAACAGAUGAUGGGCAUAAGAGAUCUCGGUCAUCAUCAGGUUCAUCAAGAUCAUCUCGUUCGAGAUCAAAAUCAAACCAAAGAUCACCUAAUAAAAAUGGAGAUAAAAGGAGGUCAUCAUCAGAAUCAUCUUCAUCCUCUCAAGAUGAGAAAGGAAAAGAAACAGCCAAGUCAUCCCAGUCUAGGUCUAGAUCUCGUUCAAAAACUGCAAAUGAUAAAACACAAAGAAGUAGCAGUUCUGAUUCACGUGGAUCUCCCGAAAAAGAAGUUAAGAAAAAUGAUUUUGAAAUUCGUAAAAAAGAAGACAGUAUUCAAAAGAAACGCCAGUACAGGAGUAAUAAGGAUGAUUCAUCAGGUAGUGAUUCUGAAGAUGAAAAGAGAGUUAGGAAGGAUGGUGGAGUAGAUAGACGUCGCUCCGGUUCAAGAAAUAAGUCUGUUGAAAGAAGAAGAAGAUCAAGCUCUAGGAGAAGAUCAGGAUCGAGAAGAAGGUCUGCAUCGAGGAGAUCGGGAUCUAGGAGGAGGUCACGAUCAAGGAGAAGAUCAAGGUCUCGUAGAAGAUCCAGGUCUCGAAGGCGCUCUCCAAGAAGGCGAACUAGAAGUAGAGAUCGAGCUGGAAGGUAUAAUAGGCCUUCUCGAAGGUCCAUCGAACGAGAAAGGGAAAGGGAAAGAGAGCGUGAAAGGAGGGAGAGAGAAAGGGAAAGAGAGCGGUUUAGGGAAGCUAGGAAAAGGAGAGAAGCUGUCGUCAGGAGAUCCCCGCCUAGAAGAAGGCCAGAAACUUCCUCUUGGCGGUUCUCUCAACAAAUUCGCAGGGAUUCUAGGAGGAGAUCCGCUAGCAGGCAUAGGUCCAGGUCUCGAUCUAGAUCGAGAUCUCACGUAAGAGCUGGUGGCAAGAGACCAGAAAGAGGAGACAUUAAGGAGCGUGUCAAAAAAGAGAAAUCAAGGAGUAGAGAAAGAGUCCGUGAAAAGAGACGUGAAUCAAGCUCUAGCAGUGCUUCACCAGAAAGAGCCCCGACUCAACCUGAUAAUAAUGCUAAGAGGGAUCGUUCAAGGUCUCUUUCAUUAACACCAUCACCAUUCCGAAAAUCUGACGAUAAAGGAGAGAAACAGAAUAGGAAAGAAGUUAAAUCCAAAAGAGACCCAUCAUCAUCUGAGGAUGAAAGGAGCUCUCCAGAACCUGCGAAGAAAUCAGAAAGGUCUACCUCACCUUCUCCUGCAAGAACAAAAACCAAGGAUCGAAGGAAAAGAGAAUCACAAAGUGGAGAGAGGUCCAAAGAUCACAAAGAGGUUUCCCAGAAAAAAGGUGAUUCACCACAGAAAAAAUCUGAGAGCUCUAAAAAGGCUGCUCCUGAAAAAUCUACUGCAGACGACUCUGAUGAAUCUGAUGAUAAUAAAAGGGACAAAAAAUCUAAGAGGGAAAAGAAGAAGAGGGUAGAUACUAGUGAUUCAGAUGAGGAGGAAGUUAAAAAGCCAAAAAAGAAGAAGAAGCCCAAAAGGGAAGAAUCAUCUUCUGAUGACGAUGAUGAAGAUGAAGAAGAAACAAAACCAAAGAGGAAAAGAAAAGACAAGGAAGGUUCAUCCUCCCCUGAUGAGGCUGUUAUUAAGAAGAAGAAAAGAAAGAAGAAGCCUAAGCCUUCAAGCUCGGAAUCAGAUGAAAGUGAAGCUGAGACUAAGAAGAAGAAAAAGGACAAAAAACAUAAGAAACACAAGAAGCACAAAAAACACCGCAAAUCAAAGCGAAAAAAGUCAUAUGUCUCUGAUUCUGAAGACGGAUCUGAAACCGAAGAGGCUGAAAAGAAACUUCGAGAGAAAGCUCUGAAGUCGAUGAAGAAGCAAAGAGAACAAACUUCAGAUCAUAGUGACAGCUAGACUUUCCCCAUAUUUUUUUUUUUUUUACCAGUUGCCUUUAUACAAAUAUUGUACCUUUUUUUCUUUUUUAUUGCACUCAUAAUUUUUUUUUCUUUUUCUUUUCCUUUUUAUUAUAGGUAUUUAGACCUAAGUUAGAUGGUUUUAUAUUUGAUGUAUAAAGUCGCCUAAAUUUAAUUUACUCUGUUUAAUUGUAUUGAGUAUUGUAAUUAUAUUGCUAGAUUAUUUUCAUUUUUUAUAGCAAUUUUCAAAAUGGCUUACAAUGUUCAGAAAACUAUAUAUAUUUUAAUGUGAUGUAUUUAAUGUAAAAGUCAGAACGAAUUUUUUAAACUUAAUGUUUGUAACUUCAGUAUUUAAAUUAAAUACUAUUGUUAUAAUUUGAUAUCAUUUGUUUAUUGACCCUUGAAUGUGUACAUAUUUAUAAUAUAACUUCGAAUUAUUUCUUUUGAAAUUAUUCAACUCCUUAUAUAAAUUUGAAUUUUCCUGGCAAAGAACUUAAUAUUGUCAAUAAUGUUUUAUUAAACGAGAAGUAAAGAAUUAUUUAAUAAAAGUGAUCCUUUU